UUCCAAUCCGCAUUCGCAAAGCGGUGCGGACGCCGAACACGCGGUCGCGUAACGCGCGUUUCUCUACACGUAAUAUACGACAAACAAAAAACAUGUUUAAUAAAUAUAGUUUCCUAAGGAAGUAAUUAAUAAUGAAUUAAUGUGCAAGUGUUAAUGUGAAAUAUUGAACAAGGAACAGAUUUGCGUUUUGUCGGCCAGUACAUAACCAGUGGCGAGAGCGUAGCUGGCUUGCACCACCCGCAGUGGCACCAUUGCUCUGAAUGACUCUCCCACUUCGUUGGCAUAGCCUGCAGUAGAACAUGGAUCUAUUCAGUGAUCGUUACAUAACAAGAGAUGAACAGCUGUCGUCCCGACCCAGCCAACAGUUCAAUGUAGUCCGACGGGUAUAUCAGCAAGAUGUGCUGAAUAAGGACGCCGAUUACCAAGUGCCUGACAAACCACUGAGCUAUCGAUGCAAGAAGGCGGUUCAGAACUGUGGCUUCGGCGAGUGUUUGCUGAACUCGGUGCCGAUAGCGCGAUGGCUGCCGCGGUACAGUGCCGGCCGCGAUCUGGUCGGCGACCUGGUCGCUGGCGCUACCACUGCUGUUAUGCAUAUACCACAAGGUAUGGCAUACGCGCUGCUGGCUGAGGUGCCUCCGAUAGUUGGUCUGUAUAUGGCGUUCUUCCCAGUCCUGAUCUACGUCAUCUUCGGCACCUCACCGCAUGUCUCCAUGGGGACUUUUGCUGUCGCCUGUCUGAUGGCGGGAAAGGUGGUUACUCAAUAUUCGACUCAUCCUGAUUACGCUAAUUUGAUGAAUGCGACAACCAAUGUAACAGCAGGAGGCAUUAUAGCUGCGCCUCAGUACACACCGCUACAAGUUUUAAGCAUAGUCUGUCUAUCUGUAGGAUUCUUUCAGGUGAUAAUGUGGAUGUUACGUCUCGGGGCUGUUUCCACGUUGCUAUCGGAGCCCCUGGUGUCAGGGUUCACGACGGCUGCUUCCUUCCAAGUGCUCGCGUCUCAGCUCAAAGAUCUCUUCGGUGUUAAGAUUAGAAAAACAGGACCGGACUACAAAGUUGUUUUGACAGUGAUAGAAGUGGUGAAGAAUUUACCGAACCUGAACUGGGCGGCGGUGAUUAUCUCCGCGAUCACCUGCCUCAUCAUCGCUCUCAAUAAUGAAAUCUUGAAGCCGAUAGUGAGCAAGGUGAGUCGCGUGCCAGUGCCAGUGGAGCUACUGGCUAUCGUAGCUGGAACACUGGUCUCCAGCCUCGCCAGUCUCAAUGAACAGUUCGGUAUCACUCUCGUCGGACAUAUACCUACUGGUCUGCCAGUACCCGAAGUGCCUCCUAUCGAGUUAUUCCCGUCUGUAGCGCUGGACGCCUUCACCAUCACUAUGGUCACUUACACCAUAUCCAUGUCUAUGGCGUUAAUAUUUGCUUCCAAAGAGAAAUAUGAAAUCGACGCGAACCAAGAACUUCUAGCAUUGGGUGCAAGUAACGUAUUCGGAUCCUUCUUCGGGUGUGCUCCGAUCUGUGCUAGUUUAUCACGUUCCUAUAUACAGUAUCAGGCGGGCAGCAAGACGGGCGUGACGACAGUGGUGAGCGCGAGUCUGAUCGUGUGCGUGCUGCUGUGGGUGGGGCCGUUCUUCGAGCGGCUGCCGCGCUGCGUGCUCGCCUCCAUCAUUGUCGUCUCGCUCAAGGGCAUGUUCAUGCAGGUCAAGGAGUUACGCAAGUUCUGGCUUCUGAGUAAACUGGACGCGAUCGUGUGGCUCGUCACAUUCCUCACCACGGUUCUCAUUAAUAUUGAUAUUGGUCUGGCGGCGGGUCUGUUGGCGAGCGUGGGCACGCUGUUCUGCAGGUCCCAGAAGCCCUACACCUGCCUGCUCGGCCGCGUCCUGGACACUGACCUCUACCUCGACACUAAGCGGUACCGAGCUGCGGAAGAGAUUCCCGGUAUCAAGAUUUUCCACUACUGCGGUGGACUGAAUUUCGCGAGCAAGAACCUGUUCCGAUCGACGCUGUUCCGCAAGAUCGGCUACCUGAAGCCCGCUGACACCGCGCAGGAGGAGGACAACCUCACCAAGAGCGAGUCCUUCGAGUGGGACCCCACUAUUGGACAUAGAGUACAAUGCGUGAUAAUAGACGCGACGGCGCUGUCGUACGUGGACGCGCCCGGCAUCCGCAGCCUGGUGGCGGCGCAGCGCGAGCUGGCCGCCAGCGCCAUCACCGUACUGCUCGCUGGAGCUAAUGGCCCAGUAUUAGAAAUGAUAAAUAGAUACAAUUCUUUGGAAAGUGAACAAUUACAGUUAGAUACUUUCCCUACAGUACACGACGCGGUCGUUUAUUACAAAAUAUUAACUUCCAGAAAAGACGAACCCGCGUUAACAAUUGUAUCAUGAUUGUCAAAUAUUAAAAUAGCCGUUAUUCAACUGUUAAUAGCUAAACUGCUAUUUUCAACCGUUAUAACGUUACACGUUAUUGCUAUUAACUGUUUAGAGUUAUUUAAAAAUAGAAUUGUAAAUAACUGUUUUAUUUUUAAUUGUUAUUCGUUUAUCGAUAGGUUAUUUUUAUAGUAAAGACGUAAGCUACUAUUUUUGUUAGAAGUAUUUGUAUUUUAAUAUAAAUGGAAUAAAACGCAUCAGAAUACAAAUAAUUUUAGACUUUCCUAAAAGCAUAUUAUAUUACUUCAUGUAUAUUUUUAUAUCUUUCUCGAAUAUUUUCAUACUUAGACAAUAGACUUUUUAACUUUUGGUUUUAAAAGGCUUGCAUUUUAUAAUUUCUAGAAAUGUCCACUAUGAGUUAAAUCUGUUACACAAUCAGUUUUAACUGCACAGUUUAUGUUAUUUGCCUACGUAUAGUUAAAACUGCAGACGUGUAACGGACUUUUUCACUUAUUAUUUGUAUUUGUUAAAUUUACAAGUGAUAUUUUAAACAAUUUGUUACUUAAAAUAUGGUGCUUAAUUUAACU